CUUCAGACUCGCCGCUGGUCGAGCGCGAGGAGCUGUUUGUGCAGAAGCUGCGUCAGUGCUGCGUCCUGUUUGACUUCGUGAGCGACCCGCUCAGCGACCUCAAAUACAAAGAGGUGAAGAGAGCCGGCCUCAACGAAAUGGUGGAGUACAUCACGCACAACAGUGACGUGGUGACAGAGUGCAUCUACCCAGAGGCUGUGUUCAUGUUUUCGGUGAACUUGUUCCGGACUCUCCCUCCGUCCUCCAACCCGACGGGAGCCGAGUUUGAUCCUGAAGAAGACGAACCCACGCUGGAGGCUGCCUGGCCCCACCUGCAGCUCGUCUACGAGUUCUUCCUGCGUUUCCUCGAGUCUCCAGACUUCCAGCCAAACAUCGCCAAGAAAUACAUAGAUCAGAAGUUCGUAAUGUCGCUGCUGGAGCUGUUUGACAGCGAGGAUCCCAGAGAGAGAGACUUCCUGAAGACAAUCCUCCACCGGAUCUACGGAAAGUUCCUCGGCCUCCGCGCCUACAUCCGGCGCCAGAUCAACAACAUCUUCUACAGAUUCAUCUAUGAGACAGAACAUCACAACGGCAUCGCAGAGCUGCUGGAGAUCCUGGGGAGCAUCAUCAACGGCUUUGCUCUCCCGCUGAAAGAAGAACACAAAAUGUUUCUGAUCCGAGUUCUGCUGCCGCUUCAUAAAGUCAAGUCUCUGAGCGUCUACCACCCCCAGCUGGCGUACUGUGUGGUCCAGUUCCUGGAGAAAGACAGCAGUCUGACGGAGCCGGUGAUCAUGGGCCUGCUGAAGUUCUGGCCGAAGACACACAGUCCGAAGGAGGUGAUGUUCCUAAACGAGCUGGAGGAGAUCCUGGACGUCAUCGAGCCCUCAGAGUUCGUUAAAGUCCAGGAGCCGCUCUUCAGACAGCUCGCCAAGUGUGUGUCCAGCCCGCACUUCCAGGUGGCAGAGAGAGCUCUGUAUUACUGGAACAACGAGUACAUCAUGAGUCUGAUCAGCGACAACGCCGCCAAGAUCCUCCCCAUCAUGUUCCCCGCCCUUUACAAGAACUCCAAGAGCCACUGGAACAAGACGAUCCACGGUCUGAUCUACAACGCUCUCAAGCUCUUCAUGGAGAUGAACCAGAAGCUGUUCGAUGACUGCACGCAGCAGUACAAGGCCGAGAAACAGAAAGAGAAGUAUAAGCUGAAGGAGAGAGAGGAGGUGUGGUACAAGAUCGAAGAGUUGGCCCAACACAACCCACAGAGCAAUAAGCUCCACCCCCUCCGCCCAGGACUCCACCCACAGGAAGAGUACAUGUUGUACAGUGACAGCAGUGUGGCGGUCUACUCGAUGGAGACAGAGACUCCGACAGCUGAAGACAUCCAGCUGCUGAAGAAGACCGUGGAGAGCGAAGCGUCUUCAGGGUCUGAAGGAUCUGAAGAAAGACAAAGUCCUGACGCGGAGGAAGUCGGAGCUGCCGCAGGACGUCUACACCAUCAAAGCUCUGGAGGCUCACAAGAGGGCCGAGGAGUACCUGACAGCCAAUCAGGAGGCUCUCUGACCCCGCUCCCGUCCCGCUCUCUGAUUGGACGAACCUGGACCGAGAACAAGACGCUGACAUCACCUCCGACACUUUCAUCUGCACCACGACAACGCAGCAAAGACUGACGGUCCCUGAACGCAUCAGCCAGCCACGGCACUUCCCACAGCGGCCCGAACAUGAACGCACCGUCUCUGGUUCCGCCGUUCGCCGUUUAAACUCGUGUGUAUACACCGAAGUUACGAAGGUUUAGCAGUAACAGACCAACGAGCAGCGGAGGAGUAACGUCACGUUCCCGCUGUGGGAAACGUCUGACACGACCAAUCAGCUGUCAGCACAGAUCUGUGGCGAGACGCACUGAAUGUAGACGUCCAAUCAGCAUCCAGCGUUUUGCCUCCCGACAGAAGAUCCAACAUGAGUUAUAAUAUUGGUUUGUUUCAGAGUUUUUCACGCUGUCGUGAUGAG